AUGACUUCGAAAGUCAACAAGGGAUGGGUUUUUGACAUGGAAGCUAAAACCUUUACUCUAAAAUUGUCUAUCGCCUGGACUAUGUGGUUGAGAAACUUAACAAUCUGCUUCUUCCUAAUCUUCUGGUGGAAACAGUACUUAAAACAGUUUCCGGCAAAGCAGCUGCCAGUACUGGAGCGUUUUUCACUUCUUUUGACCAUAGAGGUGAUAUGGGCAUUUGGUCAUCUAUUGACCGCUAGUGGUGCAUAUAAACAUCAUCCAGAACAGACUCAAAUGCACUGCGGAACUGAUAAAGCCAGUUUCAUAUCUGCUGCACCAUGGAUAAAGAUUCCAUAUCCACUUCAAUGGAGUGUGACAUCUUUUGAAGCAGGGCAUGCUUUUGGGAUGAUUGCUGCAGUUCUAGUCUCCCUUGUUGAGUCAACAGUUGCAUCCAAGGCGACAGCCCGCUUAGCAAGUGCUACACCUUGCUCAUGUACUAGUCGUGACAUCGGGUGGCAGGGAAUCGGUAUUCUCUUAAGUGGUCCGCAACUGGUUCAACAGUCUCUGUGUAAGUUUUUCUUCCUGCUCACCGUUUACAUUGUUUGA